GAGAUAGCAGGGCUUGCACAAAUUUAUUUGGAUUAGUUCAAGUUUGGCUGAGUGUUAUCGGCAAUGUUUGAUGUGUAAAUAGAUAUGACAGACAACUUGAUAGAUGGUCCAAAAGAAGAGAUGGGGUAUUUCAAUCUCGGUAAAAAGUAUAAGCAAUUUACACAGAAAGGAGGAGUAGAGUUUCUACAAAGAUUUUUGACCUCUAUUUCAAAACAGUGUAUCUCGAACAAAGAUUUUCUUAGGAAUUUAUGAGAAGAAAAUAAAUCUUCAAUAAAAGAUCAUGAAACAGAUCCUGACAAAGUACUGAAAAGAAUAACUUCGAUCAAAAUAAAGAGGAAAGGACUCGCCAAAAGAGAUAUAUCGAUGCCUAAAGAGCUAGAGUUCUUGGUGAAAAUGAUUAAAAAGGGAAGGAUAGAAUUUCAAGACCCUAACUUUGAGUCAAAUAUGAAUCCCCUAAAAAAUUUCAGUAAUGAACAAGGAGGAAAUGUUUUCCAAGGAGUCUGAGAUGUCCAUCUCGAAUACGAUGAAUCUGAUGUGAUAGUUUAUUAUUAUAAAAAUGAAGAUUUCCUGAGAGUUAAAUCAAUUUUAUCUUCCUUCGACCCUCGAAAGGCAGAGAGAACUAUUAUUAUGGAUGGGGAAGACCAUGUCUUGCUAUGCAACCAGAUCAGACUCUUUACAAAAUACACUUUGCAUAAUUUAGAUAGAGAUGCUUAUCCAGAGUUUUGUGGAAAAUUUGUAAAAUACUGCAAAGACUUAAUUACCAAAAGCAAAGGCUGGGAUCUAAAUCAGAAUGAUGAAUCCGAAUGAACUGAAGAGAAAUGCUCUUCGUUUGACUUUUUGUUCAAAAUUCUUACAGAUUCAAAGUGUGAGGGGGAUUACGAAACAUUAGACAAGUUCAAACUCAAAAUUUUGGACUUUAUUCUGACUGGAACUUACAAAGACCAAUAUUGCAACCAAAACAUUUUAAACUUAAAAGAAAAUGUCAACUAUGCGAGAUGACCUUUUGACAAGACGAAACAAUUUCAUUAUAAAGUAUCACUAGAGUCUAACCAUUUUUGCAUGUUUAAGAAUAUGUUGGUAAAAUUUAGAACUCUUGUGAAAACAGAGUAUUUAUGAAUGACUUUGUACCCUGGAUUUGUUCAUUUCAUUACUGAUUUCUGGAAUAAGCAAGAAAGAUCUAUUGAAAAUAUUAUUUAUUACGGAAAUAUAAGAUUACAAUUGGCAAUUCAAUCAGAAAUGUCUAAAAUAGAUAAACGCGAUAAAUCAAAAGACAAAGAUAUUAAGAAAAAGAUUCUCCACUAUCUGAUGCCAAAUUGUGUUUACACUGUUUGCCAAGAAUCAAUCCAACUAAGAGGACUUCAACAGAGUGUCCAAGAUUUCAAGAUUUUUAUGGCUGAGUGAAUAAGCAAACUUGAACUGAUCAAAAGAUAUUCCCUUCCUGUUCCUUUGAAGAGAGCACAAUGAGAUGUCUGCUCAAAGGUCAGGUACAAAACCUUUCCACAAAGGAACUACAAAAAGAUGGAAAAGAAGAUUUUCAAUUGGAAAGAUGACAAUUGGAGAGAUUGUAAAUUCGAGAUGAUGAGGGAGAGCAUCAAAGAGGAAUUUGAACACACAAUUGAUAUUUGAUAUGACACUUCAAAGAAAAACGAUGCUAUUGUGAUAGCCUUAAGCCCAGAAGAAGAGUUCAUCAACACCCCUGCGAAUGCUUCAAAGAGAGAAGUUAAAAUUCAGAAAGCUUUAGCUUCCGUCAGAAUUUUACUAAAUGACCACUCUGAGAAAGAAGAAGGCGAAGAGUUUUCUUAUGACCAGUUCAGAGCAGAAGAUGACGUCAACAUGAGAGAUAUAAAGUGUAGAGUUGUUGAAGAGUGAAAACAAAAGAUUCAGAUUGAAAUUGAAUUGAGAAAUGGAGUUAAAUUAAAAGAUAUUUCCCUCAGAGAUAGCAGAUUUUCAUGCAAAAUUUUUGGAAUGAAUAAGGAUAUUGAAGUAGCAAAGAAGGAUUUGAAAUAAAUUAUUAAUAAAUGCCAAAAAUAAACUCAAACGACAAUAUAUUCCUGUGGACUUAUAUAAAUUCUGAAUGGAAAAUAAGUACUUUGACCGAGAAAAGGAGUACAAAUGGAGACAGCAUCAUACUUACUUGAGAAGUACUGAAGAGAAGAUUGAGCAUAAGGAUCUCAGUCAUUUUCAAAGAGCAAAGCUUAGAAGAAGAGAGAUUUGUGGAUCUGGGAGAUCAGUUAAUCAAAUAUAUAAUCUUCUUGAGAGAGAAAGACAGAAAUAAACAAUGGGAUAAGCACGAAUUCAAAAAUGACAUGAAUUUUAUCACAGAAGACAUUGUUUUCCCUAGAUACUACAUCAACUCGAUGAUUCAGGCUGCUCCAAAUUUCUUGGAAGAUCACAAUAUCUACCAAUUAAAAGUCAAUGGUAGAGAACCUAAUAUCAAAGAGUUUUUUGUUAUUAUGAACGAAAUUGAGUACAAAGUAUUCCCUUGGCUUGAAAUCAGGUUCCCAGAUACCUGGCAGACAUAUAGUGAUCAUCAGAAAGUAUUGAGAGAAAGAGUAUUUGCUAUGGAUGAGCACCCCUAUUUAACAGAAGAAAGACAUCUCAAAGACUCUAAGAAUCUAAUGACGAGAAUAAAAGAAGAAUUUAGAAAUGAAACAACAAAAACUUAUAAUAUCUCAAGUAUUCAUCAUAUCAGGAAUAAAUAUCUUUAUGCUGUGUAUCAAAGCUGCACUGAGGAGAGAUCACAAACUGCUUAUGACCAUCACAAAGAGAAUAUGCUAUGGCAUGGGACAGGGCAAGUUACACCAACAGAUAUCAUACAAUCUGAUGAAGGUAUUGAUAGAAAAUAUGGAAGACCAAUCAGUAAAGAAGAAAAUAAAAGCAAAGAGGAAAUGAAGAAAUACUAUGGAAGAGGAACCUACUUUGCUAUAUCUUCUGAUUAUUGUGAUGGUGAAUACACUCAUGAGUAUGGAGAUAAAAGAACAAGACAAGUAUUACUAUGAAGAGUCUUUACAGGAAAUUAUGAAUUUGGACUUAGUGCCUGUGAGCCAGAUUUAUGCAGAACAAUGAAGAUUGAAGAAUUUAAUAAUGUUGUUAAUAAGGUUAUAAGCAAAAGAAAGAAAGCAUUUAGACAAUAUAAAAACCUAAAAGAAAACAAGGGAAGAAGUAUUAACCAAUUAAAGCUAGAAUUUUUCGAUGAAGAGAUUGACUGGAAGAACAAGAAGGAUAAAAUAUUUGAAAAACAUGGAAAGGAUUGGACUUUGAAGAUGAAGAAUAUUCUAAGCUAUGCAAAGAUACAAAUGAAAAAGAUAGAUGAGAACCAGAGAUUUGACACCAUUAUGGAUGAUAGAUUCAUCUUGGAGAAAUCAGUAAAAGGUAUUUCAAGACCAGAGAGACCAAGAAUGUUUGUGGCUUUUGAGAACUGCCAAGCUUACCCAGAGUUCCUGAUUACGUACAAGCAUAAUGACCUCAAAGAAAGAUAAAUGUCAGUAAUUGAUUUACUUUACCUACAU